UCAGGUCAAGGGAGUCUGUGGGAACCACCAAAGCCUCAUGUAGAGACUGAACGCGUUGUAGUUCUUGCGUGUCACUGCAUCCGCUGACGUUGUGACGACAAGCCCAGUCGUAGCUUCCUCGUGCAUCCAUGGUUGCGUUUUCCCCGGAUUUCGGUGGUUUCGUCUUGGCGUCGAUUGACUGAGCCGCGGCGGGCGAGACUGCAGCUUCAAGUGGGACACUCAAACUUCCCCUCCAGCCUUCUUUCUCCAUCCGACGUUUGCAGAGCUCCAAGAUGCCAGUGCCAGUCGGUUCAAUGCCUCAAGGGGCGCAUGGCCCUUCAACAUUAGACAAGCUGAAGAUGGGUGGCAUGAUGGGUGGAUCCGUUGGCCUGAUCAUUGGCUUCAUCUUCGGCUUCACCAACAUCGUCCGCUUCGGCCCUGGACCCAACGGAAUGCUGCGCACACUGGGCCAAUACAUGAUGGGAUCUGCGGCGACCUUUGGCUUCUUCAUGGCCAUUGGCACCACCAUCCGGACGGACAGCUCCCCCAUUGCUACACAAGCUUUCGCCAGCGCUCACCGAAGACCCAUGAUCCUCCCGAGACAAUACCAAUACCCGCGCACUGCUCAAAAUGAGAAAGUCUGACGUCUCGACCUGUGGGCAAGUCGUCAGCGGCGAGAACCUGGAUCGAUCUAGCAUUGUACAAAAGUAGUGUGCCGCAACUACUUUCAAGACUUGCGCAUGUAUAAUAAGCACCAGAGUAGCCUCGUUGGGGGCACACGGAAUUGAGUUGGCGAAGGUGAACGUUAUUGAUCGUCUGUAGUCGCCGUCUUUCCCUUCACUUUCACUUUUGCUCUUGGUCACACACCCUUGGGCCAUUGUAACCUGACCUCCUCCCAUUCAUAAUUGUCGCUCGUUGUUCCUAUUGUGGACAUCAUCUUCCCCUCUCACCCGCUGGGACUACGUCACAACCCUAUUUCUCACGUCCGACCCCAACUC